AACCUCUUUUGUAUUGUCAUUCUUCUUUUUUUCCUUUUUCUUUUUUUUGACACUAGUCACAUCGGCCGAUGACAUGGAUGUUCAUUAAAACAAACAAUUAAGUCACCAACAAUGGUUUCCGAUCUCUCUCCUCCAUCUUCUUCCGGUUCUUCCAUCUCUCCCCAUUUGAGUUUUUUCUAGUUAAAUCCUUCUCCUCUCCCCAUUCUCUGAUUUUCAUCCAUACCAUUUGAAUUUUUCACUUUUCCGAUCUGUCUCUAUAAUUUGAGCGCUUCUCAACUUCCUUUUCCUCUCCUGUUACUCGGUUUUGUUCCUGUGUUGGAGCAUUCAUAUCAUUCAGUUUGAUUUUGGUUUGGCCAUUCUUAAGGGAUUUGGGCUGCGAAUUUGGUUUUAGUCAUAACUCUUUAUCUCAUUUGAUUGCAGUUAAAGUUUGAUCUCUGGGAAUUCGGGUAUCCAGGAUGGUGAAGCUAACAAUGAUUGCUCGUGUUACUGAUGGUCUUCCACUAGCAGAGGGACUUGAUGAUGGCCGUGAUAUUAGAGAUGUUGAAUUUUACAAACAGCAAGUCAAAGCUUUGUUUAAGAACCUCUCAAGUGGCCAAAAUGAGCCGUCAAGGAUGUCAGUUGAAACUGGACCUUACAUUUUCCACUAUAUAAUAGAAGGUCGUGUCUGUUACUUGACAAUGUGCGACCGUGCCUACCCAAAGAAACUUGCUUUUCAAUACCUUGAAGACCUCAAGAAUGAAUUUGAGCAUGUUAAUGGGGCACAAAUCGAAACUGCUGCCAGACCUUAUGCCUUCAUUAAGUUCGAUACAUUUAUACAGAAAACAAAGAAAUUGUACCAGGACACUCGUACUCAGCGGAAUAUCUCGAAGUUGAAUGAUGAACUCUAUGAAGUCCACCAGAUAAUGACUCGAAAUGUGCAGGAAGUCCUUGGCGUUGGUGAAAAGUUAGACCAGGUCAGUCAAAUGUCUAGUCGUUUAACAUCAGAAUCGCGCAUAUAUGCUGAUAAGGCUAGGGAUCUAAAUCGUCAGGCUUUAAUUCGAAAGUGGGCUCCAGUUGCCAUUGUUCUUGGUGUUGUGUUCCUCCUCUUCUGGGCUAAAAACAAGCUCUGGUAAUCUAGUUGAGCUAUUAUUUUGGAGAGGAUAAUGUUUUCACUGGGCUAUAGGACUGACGUUUGGUUUCUUGUCCAAACAUUACGACUUGGGAGUCAGGUUUGGUGCCUGACUCUGAGGCUCAUGAAUGAUUACGGGAUGUCAGUUACAAGUUCAUCUUAGUUGAUGGUUCAGGUAAUUGAAACCUGUAACUGACUUCGGAGAGGAGACCCUUAUAUCAAAUUAACUAGUAAAUUACAGUAAUAUAAUACUACAACAAUUACUAUUGUAAGUGAAUAGAAUUUUCAUUUUUGAUACAUUCUAUGGGUUAUAUUCAUUCAGUUUCAAUUUUAAUAGAACGGCUUUGGUGUGAUGACAAUUUCCAGUUAAACGGAUAUGUGGAAAGCUGUCUGAGCACAAUUACUGUAUGUUUCGAUAAGUGGUAAUAAUUCUCAGCAAUUCUUGGCA